GCGAGUGUUUGGUGCUAGAGAGCAGAGAAAGAAGCAAAUCAGGGGGAAAAGAACAAAAAAGAAAGGAAAAUGGCAGGGAGAUUGAGCAACGUAGCUUCUAGAAUCAUGGGCGGAAACGGCGUCGUAUGCCGCUCCGUCGCCUCCUCUCUUCGCCUCCGCGCCGGUAUGGGCCUCCCCGUCGGCAAACACAUCGUCCCUGACAAACCGCUUCCAGUGAAUGACGAACUAGUUUGGGACAACGGGACCCCAUUUCCCGAGCCUUGCAUAGAUCGCAUUGCUGAUACUGUUGGAAAGUAUGAAGCAUUGGCUUGGCUUUGUGGAGGUUUGAGCUGUUUCGCAGGUUUGGGACUGUUGGCUGUGUGGAACGAUAAAGCUUCUAAGAUACCAUUUGCGCCAAAAGUCUAUCCAUACGACAACCUACGAGUGGAGCUUGGCGGUGAACCAUAGUUGGGUCCACGGGCAACUAAUUGAACAGUUAUUGUUGUUCCAGUUGUGCGUACUUUUUGUUUAUUUGUAUGGUUUUGGAGUUUGAUUGGUUGAAAUAAUGCACCAUGUUUAUGUGUCGGCAAAACAAACAUCUUCAGACAACUGGCAAAGUUUUCUUUUCUUCGUUAUUAUGUUGAUUCUCAUGACAAGAUGCAUAAAUUCCAUGUUUUAUUUGUGUUUGUUGCAUAA